UGGAGCUGGGGCGCUACCUCUGCGGGCCUCAGUUACCAUGGCUGCCCUUUUCUGACUUCUGGACAGCGGUUUAAAAUGGCCUUGCUGAGGCGUGUCUCUGGAAGAUAGAAAGGGUCUCUCACUGAACCUGAAGCUCAUCAAUUGGUUAGACUGGCUGGCCAGUGAGCCCCGAGACCUGUAUCAGCCUCUUCAGCAUAAGGGUGGAUUACAGGUGUGGAUCAUCCAAACUCCUGAGAAAUCUGGCAGGUAGUAGUAUGAAUAUGAUCUGCCACGGCCCCCAAAGAUACCAGACAGGAAGCAAGGGGUGCCACUGAAGCUAACAAUGAAGAGAAUUUAAUGUGGAUGGACAGAACAGCUUCUGUGUGUUCCUUCCAACUCAGCUGUUUCUGAUGCCUGGAAGCUAUUCUUUCAGCCACAAAGAUGGUAAUAAAUCUUUGCCUCCCACAGUUCAGACCAAGAAUUCACUGCAAUAAGGUGUCAGCUGAUGGUUAUGAAGUAGAAAACCUCAUCUCUGAAGACCUCAUAAAGAGAAGCCAUGGCUUUAGGACAGAGUAUUUCAUUAGACCACCAGUCUAUGUGACAGUUUCCUUUCCCUUUAAUGUGGAAAUCUGUAGGAUUAACAUAGAUCUCACAGCUGGGGGAUGUCAGAAUGUCACUGGCCUGGAAUUAUACACAUCUGCCUUAUCUAGCAGAGCCUCUCGGGAUUCACCUGAGUGCUGGACUACAGACCCGAUGGAGCUAUCUGUCCCAGACAAGGAGGCAUUCACCUUGGUAGGCAAAGUCUUACUGAAAAACCAGAACCACGUGGUGUUCAGCCACAGGGGCUUCAAGGCCAGGCCACCUUUUAGCCCAAUGGAAGUCACACUCCUCUCUCCUGCUGUUGUAGCCCAGGAACUAUGGAAUAAAGGGGCUCUUUCCCUUAGCCACGUGGCCCACCUCAAGAUCGGAAUCACCCAUGUGACAGGCAGUGGCGUCUCUUGCAUAAAGCGUUUAGAGGUGUGGGGUCAGCCAGCCAAGACCUGCUCUCAGGAGGUGAUAAAUAGUGUCUUGUUGAUAGCAUCAGAAAGCAUGCCCAAGGACUUGGGUCUGCACACUCCGGUCUUGCCCAUGGAGAGUGACUGUGACCCUGAGGGCCAGUCUGAGGGCCAGCAGGCUCCCUGUGUCUUACAGGAGAUGUCUGAGACGGUUAAUGAUGUGCCAGAGGAGUUCCUAGAUCCUAUCACCCUGGAGAUCAUGCCAUGUCCCAUGCUGCUUCCCUCAGGAAAGGUCAUUGACCAGAGCACUCUGGAGAAGUGUAACCUCAGUGAAGCUACUUGGGGCCGAGUGCCCAGUGACCCUUUCACAGGAUUAGCCUUUACCCCACAGUCCCAGCCCCUACCUCAUCCUUCCCUGAAGGCCCGGAUCGACCGUUUCCUCCUCCAGCAUUCUGUUUCUGGCUGCCACCUGCUUGGGAGAGCACAGACUACAUCAGCAAUGACCCCUUCUGUCAUUACCCUGCCCUCAAGGAAAAGGAAGCCGGAGCAGGCUGAACACAGCUCAGACUACAGCCUUGGCAUGGAUGCUUCUUCCUCUGCUCCCAGCCCUCUGCUCUCACCCACUACCUCAGAGCCUACUGCCAAGAAGAUGAAAGCCCCCAGUGAGCCCGCCCUGACAGAUAUGGACUGUUCAGCAGCAGGUCCAGUGUCCCAUGAGCAGAAGCUGUCGCAAAGUUUAGAAAUUGCCUUGACUUCUACCCUUGGCUCCAUGCCUUGCUUCACUGCCCGGCUCUCUAGGGGGCAGCUCCAGCAGCUGGGCACGAGAGGGAGCGGUGCUGCCAGGAGACCAGCUGCCAGCUACGAGCAUCCCAGGAGUGUUUGUGGUCCAGAGUGUGCCUCCUGCAAAAGAGCGUUUUCUUCCUACUCCACCAAGGAGCCUGUGUACCAGCUGCCCUGUGGCCACCUUCUGUGCCGACCCUGUCUGAAUGUGAAGCAACGUUCCCAGCCCAUGAUGUGCGCAGCCUGCCAGCAGCCAGUCACCAGCCAGGAUGUGUUUCGGGUCCACUUUUGAGUAACGCGAGCCUCAACCGGAGAAGCCCCAUUUUGGGGGAGACCUGCAGGUGGAGGAAGCAAGAACAGAACCCCAGUGCCCCUGUUCUCUCUUGGGUUUUAGCACCUUGUGGUGUGUUAU